AUGGCAAUUUCCUCAAAGCAGAAUUUAGAGGAUCUGAGUCACAAGACUCAUUGUUGUGCAGAUUUCUACAACAAAGCAGAAUGCAUCUAUAAACGUCCACUGAAGCUCCAGGGAGAUAAUUAUCUUUCUCUUCAACGAGGCGGCCAAGCGGCAGACGCCAACACGCAGAUCUUCGUGAAGACCCUGACGGGCAAGACCAUCACCCUUGAGGUCGAGCCAAGUGAUACCAUCGAGAAUGUCAAGGCCAAGAUCCAAGACAAGGAAGGCAUCCCGUCUGACCGGCAGAGGCUGAUAUUCGCCGGCAAGCAGCUGGAGGAUGGCUGCACCCUGUCUGACUACAACAUCCAGAAAGAGUCCACCUUGCACCUGGUGCUGCGCCUGCGUGGUGGCAUCAUCAAGCCGUCCCUUUGUCAGCUGGCCCAGAAGUACAACUGUGACAAGAUGAUCUGCCACAAGUGCUACGCACGUCUGCACCCCAGUGCAGUCAACUGCCGCAAGAAAAAGUGCGGCCACACCAACAACCUGUGCCCCAAGAAGAAGGUCAAAGAAAGCUGGGGCCAUACCUAACCUGUGACCCUGGGACCGAAUAAAGUCUCCUUCCAUCGA